UAUCCUUCCCCCCUUUCUCUGUUUUCUGACCAAAUGUGUUAAAAUACAACUACUGAUUUAAUCAGGACAGACAACCGUCAAGUCACAGGACGGACAGAUAUCUCAUAGUCACUCCAGAGGAUAGAGGGAGAGAGAGUCAGAGAUGGCAGAGGGUUUCAAUCACAGCAGUUGUGAUGCUUUUGAAUAUAAGCUGGUCCUUCACAGGGACUUCCACUUGAUAUCUGGAAUCCACUCUCCUGAGGUGGUGGAUCAAAUUCAUAACUUUGAGAUUCAAGACUCUGAUGUCUUUGUCAUUACUUACCCUAAAUCAGGCACUAUUUGGUUGCAGCAAAUCCUCUGUCUGAUAGAGGUUAAGGGAGAUGUUACAGUGAUAAAUGAUCAGCUGAAUUCUGACCGUAUCCCAUGGAUGGAACUUUUAAAAUCUGAGAAACAGUUUGUUUCUGCCCCUUCCCCUAGGAUCCAUGUGUCUCAUCUACCAUACAGAUUCAUGCCACUUGGAUUGAGACAAAAGAAGGGCAAGGUCAUCUAUGUGGCCAGAAAUCCAAAGGAUGUUUUGGUGUCUUACUUCCAUUUUCACAACUUUGCAAAUAUGCUGGAGACCCCAAAAGACUUUGAAGACUUUUUUGAGAAAUUCAUGGAUGGAUAUGUUUUUGGCAAUUGCUGGUUUGAGCAUAUCAAGGGCUGGUGCUCCCAAAGUGAUGAGAUGAACUUUUUGUACAUUACAUAUGAGGAGAUGAUCAAGGACUUGCGGUCAGUGGUUGAUAGGAUUGUUUCAUUCUUGGGGACAAACUUGACACCACAGCAGCUGAAUGAUGUUGUUGAGCACAGUACCUUCAAAAAUAUGAAGACCAAUCCUCAGGCCAAUUACCAGCAUGUCCCUGCCAUCCUGCUGAACCACCAGCUGGGAGCCUUUCUGAGGAAAGGAACUGUUGGUGACUGGAAGAAUUACUUCACUGUGGCACAGAAUGAGAAAUUUGAUGAAGUUUACCAACAGAAGAUGAAAGAUUUUCCUUUUUCUUUCAUCUGGGACAUGAGUGAUCUUGUCACACCAUGAUUUAUUCAGUCUCAUCCUGUGUACUCAGCAGGGUAAAAAAAAAAAAAAAAGCCUAAUCCUUCUGAGCCGUAAUAUUUACAGUACAACAAAUAUCUUAUUUGUUUACUGAAUUGUAUAAAUUGUCAAAACCGAAAUGAAAUUAAUCCCAAAUAUUUACAUAAUGACACAUACAUUCAAUGUCAAUCCGAAACUCUUUAGAAGAAGAAUUAGAUUUUCAUCAGAUUCCUGAGAUUUCAUUUUUCUGAAUUUACAAAAAAUAAUAAUAAUUGAUUUAAUAAGCUAAAGCUUUUUGCUAAACUUUAAAGCUUUAUUAAUUGCCUUUUACUGUAUAUAGACUGACUAUGAAUGAUUGCAGUUGAACUCAGGUUGUAAUACCUGCCAGGUCACAUCUCUGGGAAACAUCAGCCUAAUGUAAAUCUUGAGUAAAUGAAGCCAUUCAGCAGAAUAAGAGAAUGGUGUUUUAAUAGUAAGAAUUGUGACAAAUGACACUGGGCUUGACAGUUAUUGAUAAAUAUGCUGCAACACAGAUGGUAGUGACUGAAAAAAGUUUGUGUUUAGAACUGGUGAGCUGAAGUCCUGCUCCAUGAGGCUGUUUGGCAUCUAAAUCAGUCAUGUCAAGUGGAGAGUUAACACAAUUCAGUCUUCAUCACUGCCUAAGUCCAGUGGGUUGAAAUCAGGGUCAUCCUCCUCCAAGUCCAAAUCAUCCAUGUCUUGAAACAGCGACUCAUCUACUUCUACACUAUUCCCAACUAGAAGAAAAGAACAACUAUGAAGGACAAUCCAGCUUACGUUUCAAAAAGCAAAUGGCAUCCUAAUAUAACUUAGAAACACAACAAAAAUAAUUGAGAGUGCUUACCGUCCUCCAGGAACUGGAUAUCUGAUGUGUCAAGAUUAUGGUCGGUCUCAAAGAGCUGUUUUCCUGUAACAUGAAAAAGUCAAUAAACAGAACAUAAGAAAAA